AUGGGGAGCCGAGAUUUUGUGCCUACAGCUAGGACCAACCCACUGAUGAGUGACGCGUUGUCAAAUCCUAAACCUCCUACAAAAACCCCUGUAACUAAGAGUUAUUUGACUGAUCGUGAGAGUGCGAAACAGAAACUAAGUCAUGAUGAACUGGAUCAUAGUUCAGCCAGGCCCCUUACGGGUGCAGCUCUGCCUCUGUCUUCAGGCAGAGGUCAUUUGAUGAAGGGUGGUCAACAUGAUCGCCACAUUUCAACUGAUGAUAUUGGAUUGAACAAGCAAGUUCUGGGCACGCACGCUCCAGAUCAUGAAGAUCUCGACGUGAAGCCCGUUCUUUCCAUCAUUGAGGAUAUCCUGCGACUUGGCAAAUCUCUUGAAACCGUGCAUGGAGAUCAAAUUCCAGCACAUUCAGAAUCGUAUGCGGAGAAGUCCUUCCAAAGUGCUUACCAAGACAUGGAGAUAAUUAAAAUGUUGGCAUAUCCCAUAAACAAAAUUACGUCUGAGAUAAUUUGCAAAUGUGCUGCUGGAGGAGAAGCACAUUCAGUAGCCAUUGGACUCCUUGAGACACUGUCAAACUAUGGGUGGGAUGCCAAGGUGGUCAUUACGUUUGCUGCUUUUUCUGUCAGUUAUGGUGAAUUUUGGUUGGUCGAGAACCUUCGCGUGAAGAAUCAGCUUGCCAAGGAUAUUGCAGCUCUGAAGGAUAUACCAGAAACAGUGGAGCACAAAGAAGAAAUGAAAAAGAAGUUUAAAGCUGUUGUCGAUCUUUUACAUGCUGUACUGACCGUGACUCGCAUCAUUAUAAAGUUCAAGGAGCUCCCCUCUAUGUACAUUAACCGGGAUUCACCAGAAAUGGUAACUGCGACUGCUCACAUUCCAACAACUGUUUAUUGGAUCAUAAGGAGCAUUUUGGUAUGUGCGUCGGUACUUCUGAACCUUAUUGGCAGUGGUCACGAGUUCAUGACCUCAACUACAGAGUCCUGGGAGAUAUUAAGUCUAGCUAAUAAGCUCUCCCACAUGUCUGAGCACCUGCAGCAUCAACUGGAGAAUUUGAAUAAGUAUAUUGAUGCACGGAAGACAAACGAUGAAUACGAUGCUAUACAUAAAAUCUUUGGGACAUCUCAUAUUGACAACAUGAAGAUACUGAAGACACUUAUUAGUGCCAGAGAAAAUCAAAUGCCACUCUUUGAUGGGACUAGAAGGAUAAAUGAACGCCUCGAGGUAUUGAGAAUGAAGUAUGUCCUGCUACUACUUUCGGACCUUGACCUUCCGCAAGAAGAGCUCAACAUUCUCCAUCUAAUUUACAACCAACAGUCGAUGAAGCACGAGUACGAGGUUCUUUGGUUCCCCAUUGUUGACAAUGCAACGUCAAUGAGCCCAACACAGGAGAGACAAUUUCUUGAUCUUCGCAGCUCUAUGCCUUGGUAUUCAGUGGAUCAUCCUUCCUUGGUUAAUCCAGUAGCCAUUAGGUACGCCCGGGAGAUUUGGAAUUUCAGCCACAUGCCUAUUCCCGUUGUCUUGGAUCCGCAAGGAAGAGUGUCAAACCUCAAUGCUUUACCCAUGAUGUGGAUUUGGGGAAGUAUUGCAUUUCCUUUCACUAAAGAAAGGGAAUUGGCACUAUGGAGAGAGAGUACCUGGAAUAUUGAAUUACUAGCAGACUCCAUUGAUCCACGUAUCCAGGAAUGGAUAAAGGACAACAAAACUAUAUGCUUGUAUGGUGGAGAGGACAUUGACUGGAUUCGGAGAUUCACAACUAAAGUGCGAAGCAUUGCUAACACAUUGCAUGUUCCCUUAGAAAUGAUUUAUGUGGGAAAAAGCAAUCCAAAGGACAAAGUAAGAAGAUGCCAUGAAAUCAUUAACAGGGAACAACUUAGCCACAUUUUUCCGUUGAAGGACUAUUAUGAUUACGUUUGGUUCUUCUGGGUGAGGCUGACAAGCAUGUGGAUCUCAAAACUUCAACACGGCAUGACCGUUGAGUCUGAUAAAAUAAUGCAGGAACUCUUGACAAUGCUAACCUACGACAGUAGUGAACAAGGAUGGGCUGUUUUCAGCAGGGGGCUGUAUGACAUGACUAAAGGCAAAGGUGACAUUUUGCUCACAGUUCUCGACAACUCUAAACAAUGGGAAGACAAAGUGGAUUACCCCGAUAAAUUUGUGCCUGUAAUGAACGAGGCGAUCAGUGGCGUCCACCCCGAACACCACUGCAACCGUCUCAUUCUACCGGGGCAAACUGGACACAUCCCGGAGAGGGUGGUUUGUUCCGAAUGUGGACGUACUAUGGACAAGUAUGUCAUGUACCGCUGCUGCACCGACUAA